CUCCAUUUCUGCCCCCAGAGAGGAAGCGCUUUUACCAGCACGUGAGCAUCUCACAGGGAGAGGGAGGCUUUGAAAUAAACCUGGACCACCGAAAGCUGAAAACCCCCCAGGCCAGGCUCUUCACCGUGCCCAGCGAGGCCUUGGCCAUCGCAGUGGCAACAGAGUGGGACUCCCAGAGAGACACCAUCAAGUUCUACACCAUGCAUCUGACCACACUCUGCAACACGGCGCUGGACAACCCCACGCAGCGGAACAAGGCGCAGCUCAUCCGGGCGGCCGUCAAGUUUCUGGACACUGACACUAUCUGCUAUCGUGUGGAGGAGCCAGCUGCCUUGGCAGAGCUGCAGAAGAACGAGUGGGAUCCUCUUGUCUCCUGGGCUGAGAAAAGGUACAACGUGGCAAUUGGCUCCUCCACCAGCAUCCUGGGGCCAAACAUCCCAGCCAGCACCAAGGAGACCUUCAUCAGCCAUCUGGCAUCCUACAACAUGUGGGCCCUGCAAGGUAUAGAAUUUGUAAUCACCCAGCUGAAAUCUCUGAUUCUGUCCAUGGCUCUGAUUGACAGGCAGGUUACAGUAGAGAAAGCUGUGCUCCUGUCUCGCCUGGAGGAGGAAUACCAGAUCCAGAGGUGGGGCAACGUGGAGUGGGCCCACGACUACGACCUGUGCGAGCCGCGGGCAAAGCUCUUCGUCCACCUCUGCUCAGAGAGCUCCACUGUGAAACACAAACUGCUGCAGGACUGA